GCGCGCGGGGGAGGCUGGGGAGGAGGGCGGUGCGACUGUGCACGGACGCGCAGCGAAGCUCACUCGGCUCGGGUCUCUGAUCCGGCUGCGAUUGGCCGGCCCUCGGCUUCCCUUGCCCCCAGCCAAUCACCUGCGAGGACUUCCUGGGGGGGUUGCUUUGGGUCUCCUGCGUUUCGACCGCCAGACCAGACCCCCCCAGGUCCAGGUAGCUCAGCAGCCGCUGGCGACUGGAGGCAGCACUCGUACCGCGGUGAUGAGGCCCGGGAAAGCUUGCCUGCUGGUCCUGCUCCUGGCGCUGACGCAGCUGCUGGCCGUGGCGAAGGCCGGGGAAGAGGACGGAGAUUCUAAUAAAGAAGACGCCAUUGAGGAGGAAGAAGAGGAGGAGGAAGAUGAUGAGGAGGAGGAUGACUUGGAAGUUAAGGAAGAAAACGGAGUCUUGGUCCUAAACGACGCCAACUUCGAUAACUUUGUGGCUGACAAAGACACGGUGCUGCUGGAGUUCUACGCCCCGUGGUGCGGACACUGCAAGCAGUUUGCUCCAGAGUAUGAAAAAAUCGCCAGUACCUUGAAGGAGAAUGACCCUCCCAUCCCCGUCGCUAAGAUUGAUGCGACCUCAGAGUCGGCGCUGGCCAGCAGGUUUGACGUGAGCGGCUACCCCACCAUCAAGAUCCUCAAGAAGGGGCAGGCUGUCGACUACGAGGGCUCUAGGACCCAGGAAGAAAUUAUUGCCAAGGUCAAAGAGGUCUCCCAGCCCAACUGGACGCCGCCCCCAGAAGUCACGCUUGUGCUGACCAAAGACAACUUCGAUGAGGUGGUGAACGAUGCAGACAUCAUCCUGGUGGAGUUUUAUGCCCCAUGGUGCGGGCACUGCAAGAAGCUGGCCCCGGAGUACGAGAAGGCCGCCAAGGAGCUGAGCAAGCGCUCUCCCCCAAUCCCCCUGGCGAAGGUCGACGCCACCGCGGAAACGGACCUGGCCAAGAGGUUCGAUGUCUCCGGCUACCCCACGCUGAAGAUCUUCCGCAAGGGAAAGCCCUUCGAGUACAACGGCCCGAGGGAGAAAUAUGGGAUCGUGGACUACAUGAUCGAGCAGUCCGGGCCGCCCUCCAAGGAGGUUCCAGCCCUGAAGCAGGUCCAGGGGUUCCUGAAAGACGGAGACGAUGUCAUCAUCAUCGGGGUCUUCCAGGCGGAGAGUGACCCGGCCUACCAGCUGUACCAGGAUGCCGCUAACAACCUGAGAGAAGAUUACAAAUUCUACCACACUUUCAGCUCCGAAAUAGCGAAGUUCUUGAAGGUCUCCCCUGGCAAUCUGGUCAUGAUGCAGCCUGAGAAAUUCCAGUCCAAAUACGAAGCCGAGAGCACCUCGAUGGACAUCCAGGGCUCCACGGAGGGCUCGGCCAUCAAGGACUUCGUGCUGAAGCACACCUUGCCCCUGGUGGGUCACCGCAAGCCCUCCAACGAGGCCAAGCGGUACUCAAGGCGCCCCCUGGUGGUCGUGUACUACAGCGUGGACUUCAGCUUCGACUACAGAGCUGCCACGCAGUUCUGGCGGAGCAAAGUGCUGGAGGUGGCCAAGGACUUCCCCGAGUACACCUUUGCCGUGGCGGACGAGGACGACUUCGCCACAGAGGUGAAGGACCUGGGGCUCAGCGAGAGCGGCGAGGACGUCAACGCCGCUGUGCUGGACGAGGGCGGGCGCAGGUUCGCCAUGGAGCCCGACGAGUUCGACUCGGACGCCCUCCGCGAGUUCGUCAUGGCCUUCAAAAGAGGAAAACUGAAGCCGGUCAUCAAAUCCCAGCCGGUGCCCAAGAACAACAAGGGGCCGGUCAAGGUCGUGGUGGGGAAGACCUUCGACUCCAUCGUGAUGGACCCCAAGAAGGACGUCCUCAUCGAGUUCUACGCGCCCUGGUGCGGGCACUGCAAGCAGCUGGAGCCCGUGUACACCGCCCUGGGCAAGAAGUACAAGGGCCACAAGAGCCUGGUCAUCGCCAAGAUGGACGCCACCGCCAACGACGUCACCAGCGACCGCUACAAAGUCGAGGGGUUCCCCACCAUCUACUUUGCGCCCAGUGGGGACAAAAAGAACCCAAUUAAGUUUGAGGACGGAAACAGAGACCUGGAGCACUUGAGCAAGUUUGUAGAGGAGCACGCCACGGCACCGAGCAGGACCAGGGAGGAGCUUUAGGCUCCGAGUCUGCGGACGGCGGGGGGGACCGGAUGCGCCGUGGCCUCCGGCGGCCGGAGGCCAGCCAGCCGCUGGCCCCAGUCAGCGCAAGGGCUGUGUCUCGAGUUUUGUUUUUGUUACUGUUUUUUGUUUUAAUUUUUUAUACUCUGCUAUUUCACCGCACACUCUGAUACUGAAUAGAAACGAAUGAGUCGAUAGAUUAGCCCAGAUUUUUACAGAGGAUACUUCUAUUUUUAUCAUUAUUUGGGGUUUGAUUUUUUUUUUACCUUCCACUUUCUUUAAUAUAUUUCCUCAGAGCAGAUAAGUUGAAUCUCGUCCGUGUGAAUGCUUCUCCUUAAUUUAAAACUAUGAAACCUUUUUGCCGAAUCACACGCAGCCGCCCUUUGCUGUGUCCCUGUCCGAGGAGUGGCUGGUCGGGGUGCUGCGGCGCUCGUCUCUCCCCGUCACCCCGCACCCUGCCCGGGCCGUCGCUGCUGCCUGACUGCCAAGCCUCUGAGCCGUCCGCGCGGGCGCAGCGCCGGUGGGACCGGGUGUUGCCGUGCCUUUUCCACAGCCCUCGGGACGAGGGGCCUUCCCCAGGUCACCAGGACCCGAGGUGCAGCCUCACAGAGAGGCUGCCCACCUGCGGGCGCAGCCCCACCUCUUCAGCAUGGACAUGGCCGGAGGAGAGAGGACCCAGGGCACAGGAGGACACUCGGGGUGGAAGGUGGGGUUGGCCAUUGUGAUGGAAUAAAGCAAAUGUUGAAAGUUAA